AUGGUAUUGACAAGUGCGGAGAAACUAUCAAGAAACUCGCCACACAACUCAAGCAAACAUGCACAGCUGUAUUUUGGACAAGUGGAUGAUCAACCUUGGCACGUAUUAAUUCCAACAGCGGUCUUAGCAACAGUCCUCUCCUUCCCCAAGAGCCCCGAAAAAAAUAUACAGGACAAUCCAAACGCCCAGCAUGAACAGACGUACUUGAGAUGCACAAAACCAAGCCGGGUACUGUCAACUCCGAGACCAGCGGAUGCCCCAGCUCUCAAUCCACAGCGCUCUCUGGUUAUGCCUCCGCCUCCCCGAUAA